AUGGGCAUUCCUGGACUUGCCAGACGCUCCGAGCCGUAUGCAGAAUGUCGUUCUGCUCAGCAACUGGAUGGAUACCACGCAAUUAUCGAUGGUCCUUCGCUUGCCUAUCAUGCUCACAAGUUGGCCCUCGCUGGCUCGCCGAGAGUUCCAUCAUAUGCAGACAUCAACACUGAAGCCAUCCGCUGGCUAAAUUCACUGGAGACUGCCAAUAUUAAGGUGUCUAAGAUCGUAUUCGACGGAGCCUUGCCCCCUUCGAAAAGAAACGAGCGGAUACAUCGGUUGGAGCAGAAUAACUCUAGAGUACGGAAUUAUCGAGUCCAGUACCCCACAUCAUCCUGUCCAGUACCAGCUUACCUUGGAUCGAUCCUGCAUGCAUUUCUGGCUCCGUCAUUGAGGGAAGCCUUACUCGAAACUCCAUUUGCGUCAAGAACCCGUAUCGAACCUGGAGAAGCAGAUGACUGGUGCGCCUUGCAUGCUAAGGACCAUGCUCGCUCGAUCAUCUUCACGAGCGACACAGACUUGCUUCUCUACAGUUAUCCUGCUGAAACACUGAUCGUCUUUUUCCAAGAUGCAGACGUUACAACAGGGGUCAAGUCAUAUUGCCCAGAGCAGAUACGCCAACGGCUGCAGUUGCAAAGUCUGGCUCAAUUUGCAUUUGCCAUGAGUCGAGAACCAUCACACACUUCGGACGACCUGACUCGCGACGCUCAGAACCUUGACUUGACGUCCGACACGUACCUUGAUUUCAGUGGGCGCUACGCCGGACGAACGACUGUCCCAAGUCACUUCUCAAAAGACAGCGGCUUACCCUUGCCGCUCCAGAGCCUAGAUGUCAGAACAUCCGAGUUCGUCCAUCAAGCCCUCGAUGGUUCGCCAGCACCACUAGUCUACCUACCGUUGCUGGUAGAAGAUCCUAAUCAAUCGUCUGCAUGGAGUUCAGGUCAGGACUACCGUAAGCUAGCAUAUUAUAUUCUUGCACCAAAGACUUCUACGGUCCACGAGUAUCGACGGAAAGCGCAAGGCAUUUCCGUGCAAGAGCUGGCCUUGCAUAACUUGGACGUCUCAACGUCAGACAUGAUGGCACACAUCAGUGGCGUAUCGAAGUGGGCAGGUGACAAGAACGUUGCAUCAGGACUGAUGUGGCCACUCUUUGCGCUGAGCAUUGUUCUCUUGGAUUCCAAGACAACACCUUCGGUACCCGUCGUUCUACACAUACUUAAUGGUGACUUUGAUAACUCGUGGGAAUUUAUUCACCUUACAGCUCGAUUGCAAGCGGUCCUGUACUCGCUUCGAAUGCUCCAGCAAGUGAUCACCGUCCACCAAGCCAUACAUGGAGCAAGUGGUACUGGCACUGAUGACAUUGCACUGCAAAUGGCCAAACAGCUGUCAAAUUUGUCCUCAAUAGCCGAUACAUUCACAGUUCCAGGGCAAUCAAGAAAGCUGCUAGCCGAGUACGAGCAACUGAAGAACAUGGUUGAAGAGAUAUAUACGGCUUCUGGUGUUGAGAUACCUAUUGAGCAUGUCUCCAACAAGAAGAAGAAAAAACAAUCACGAGAGGCCGAGCGAAAGAAAAAGAAACAGGAGCAGCGACAGCAGGCCAGACCGCAGACAUCAAAUGUAUUUUCGAUGCUCGACAGCAAGCAGACAUAGCCUCGCCAGACCGCCA